AUGGCUAUCACAGGUACCGGGCUUAAUGAGGAUGUUAUUACCAUCCAGGAUACGGAAGGGCUCAAGCCCGGCCCAUAUCUAAAGCCCGUUAUCGUUUCUCUAGACCUAGGCUCUUCGACAAAUUCUCCUGGAGUUAUAUUUAUUGGUGAAGGUCCAUAUGUAUUACUUCCUAACAUUGAUGUGUCUAAAAACCUCUUUUACACACCUCUUCUAACAAACCCGAUUAGUACUGCUGGAUCAUCGUUUGGGGGUGAGCCAUCGACGGAUUAUUUUAUUGGAGUAAAAACUAUUAAAGUUAACGGUGAUUUGAUCCCUAUAAAUAACUUAUUAUUAGAAAUAAACGAAGAAAAUGGAGAAGGGGGUACAAAGAUUAGUACAAUUGAUCCAUAUACUAAGUUGGAGAGUUCAAUUUACAAGGCAUUUGUACACUCACUAACUAUACCUAGAGUUAAAAAAGUUGCACCAUUUGAGAUGUGUUACAAAAGUAGUAGUUUACCUAGUACUAGAGUUGGCCCUGGUGUUCCAAAUAUUGAAUUUGUUUUACAAGGUAAAAAUGGCGAGACACCUUCGUUUAUUAUAUCUGGAGCUAACUCAAUGGUGGCCGUUACAGAUGAAGUGCUUUGCUUAGGAUUUGUAAAUGGUGGAGAAAAUCCAACCACAUCGAUAGUGAUAGGAGGACAUCAAAUUGAAGAUAAUUUGGUACAAAUUGACAUUGAUAACAAGAGGGUUGGUUUCAGUAAUUCACUUUUGUACCAGCAAACUACGUGUGCCAAUUUUAAUUUUGGGUCGACUCAAGGACGGGAGAUAGUGUAAAACGUUGUGUUAUUAAUUUGUUGUGUGGUGUGUUUGGACAUUUUUUGUCCAAGUCAAUGAUGUUUUUUUAAGGUUUAUGAUCUACUAUUAUGAUCAGAGUCAGUGAUGUUUUUUAAGGUUUAUGAUCAGAGUUGAGAACUAAUAAAAAGUGGUAUAAAAUGGACAUUAAAAACUUGUCAUAUAACAUAGGGGAUCGAAGACUCUCACAGCUAUGAUCAAACACAAUUUCUAAGUUAAAAGAUAAGUUUUUUAUGCUAUGCUCAAACACAAUUUUCAGCUUGACUUCCACACUACAAUACAAUCAUUAACAAAACCUUUUUUCGAUCAUGCAAUUGAGUUAAAGACAUAAAACCUGGAUAACCCCAAGAAAACAUAGCUUAUUGCAUCCACCAUUUAUUAUUUACCUUCACUU